AACCCCACUCAAUGUCUUAAAUUGUGACAUUUCAGUUGUCAUCAAUCAAGAUAUUGAGUAUUGGCUUAGAGAUGAGUCGUCGUCUAAUUGCCGCAACUAUCCUCACAUUCACCUUGUUCACCAUCGUCAUCCUUCCCUCCGAGGCCCAGGAACCAGGCCAGGGACCGGUGAAAGUAGACGGAGGGCACGGCUUGCAUGUCGGGUUUUACGCUAAGACUUGCCCGAAUGUUGAGGACAUUGUAGCUGAUGUUGUAAAACGUGUUCAGCAGAAUGAUCCCAAGCUUCCUCCUGCCCUCAUCCGCCUCUUUUUCCAUGAUUGUUUUGUCAAGGGUUGUGAUGCCUCAAUCCUGUUGGACACCACAGCAUCUGGCGGCAACCGUGUAGAGAAAACAUCAACAGCCAAUGGUGAAACACUCAGAGGUCUUGAGGUCAUUGAUGAGAUCAAGGCGGAGCUCGAGAAGCAAUGCCCACAAUCUGUAUCCUGCGCUGACAUAUUAGCAUAUGCUGCUCGGGAAGCCGUUGUACUUGCCGGCCUACCACGUCACAAUGUCCCCGCCGGUCGCCGUGACAGUAGGACUUCACGUUCUGACGAUGCCGAUGAAAACCUCCCUACAGCAAGAACGCCUCUGAAUGACCUAAUACACAUUUUCGCCAGGAGAAAUUUCACAGUAGAAGAAAUGGUUGUCUUGUCCGGUGCUCACUCCAUUGGCGAAGCACAAUGUACGCAAGUUACAGACAGACUAUACACGUUUAGCCCAGUUGUGCCCAGAGACCCUGCCCUAGACCCAGCCUUUGCUAAUGAGCUAGCAGGAAAGUGCCCAGCAGAGCAGCCUCCGGGGCAAGCAUUACAAUUUAAGGUGGACUUUGAUACCACAACACCACUUGUCCUCGACAAUAAUUACUAUUUGAACCUGCAGAAAGGGAGAGGCUUGCUUCAAUCGGAUCAGGUACUGGCUAUUGAUCCCGGCACCAGACCAUUUGUGGACCAAAUGGCUGCUAGCAAUGAAGCUUGGACUAAACGAUUUUUAAAGGCCAUGAUCAAGAUGGGGAGAAUAAAUGUUCUCACCAAAACUGAAGGAGAGAUAAGGACAAACUGUCGGGCUGUAAAUCCUGCUCAAUAGAUCUUGAUCGGUUGUUCCUGGGCAAAGCUUGAAGUAACAAUUACAGUAAUUUUGAUUUGCUAAAUGAUUUUUUGAUUGGUUUAAUAUAUAUACUAGCAUGAGCCCACACAUAUUGUGAGGGAAGUUAAAAAAAAAUGGUAUUUCUAAA